AUGAAUGGGGUCCUGGCCCGCCCCUCCCGCGGCUGCGCGGCCCCGCCCCUUCCGGUCACGUGGUCGCCCUCCCCCUCCCUCUCCGCCCGCGCCGGGGCGGAAGUGACGCUGAGCUGCCACUUCCGGUCGGGGCGUGGCCCGGCCCGGGUCACGUGGGAGCGGACCCCGCCCCCCCCUCCGGGCCCCGCCCGGGCCUGGGUCACGUGGGCGGAGGAGGGGAGGGCGUGGCUGAGGCUGCGCGACGUGACGUCACGUGACGCCGGCACGUACCGCUGCCGCGUGCGCGACGCCGCCGGCGGCGAGGCGGUCACGUGCGGCACCGCCCUGAGGGUGUCACCUCUGCUCCCAUCCCCCCUCCUGCCCCUCUCGGAGGGCACCAAGAACAGGCUCCUGGUGGCUCAAGGGAUCCUGCUCCUGGGGGCAGCUGUGGGGCCAGGACUGAUGCUGCUGCUGAGGAAGCGCUGGGCCCAUGAGCGGCUGCUGAAGGAGAAGAAGAGUGAGGAGGAAGAGAAUGUCUAUGAGGGUCUCACUAUGGACGUUGGGUCUCUCUAUGAGUCUCUGGCUGUGGAGCAGCCUCAGCUCCAGUACCAGGAUGUGGGGGGGGUGCAGGGGGCGGAGCUUGAGACCCCCUGA